GAGAAGAUGUUGAGCCGACUGAUGAGCGGCAGCAUCAGGAAUCUGGAAAGAGAAUACAAUUGCACCGUGAGGCUCCUGGAUGACACGGAAUACACCUGCACGAUUCAGCGGGAUGCGAAGGGACAGUAUCUGUUUGACCUCAUCUGCCACCACUUGAACUUACUGGAGAAGGACUACUUUGGAAUACGAUAUGUGGACCCUGACAAGCAAAGACACUGGUUGGAGUUCACAAAGUCAAUUGCCAAACAAAUGAAAUCUCAGCCACCAUUCACCAUGUGUUUCCGGGUUAAAUUCUACCCCCCAGAUCCUGCUGCGCUGAAAGAAGAAAUCACUAGGUAUCUAGUCUUCCUGCAGAUCAAGAGAGAUCUGUACCAUGGUCGCCUCCUGUGCAAGACAUCAGACGCUGCGAUCCUGGCUGCUUACAUCUUACAAGCUGAAAUUGGGGACUACGACCCUGGCAAGCACCCUGAAGGCUACAGCUCCAAGUUCCAGUUCUUCCCCAAACACUCAGAGAAGCUGGAGCGCAGGAUUGCAGAGAUUCAUAAGACUGAGCUGAGCGGACAGUCACCCGACACGUCAGAGCUGAACUUCCUGCAGAAAGCCCAGAUGCUGGAGACGUACGGAGUGGAUCCUCAUCCUUGCAAGGAUGUGUCAGGAAAUCCUGCCUUCCUUGCCUUCACCCCGUUCGGCUUCGUGGUGCUUCAGGGAAACAAGAGGAUCCAUUUUCUCAAGUGGAAUGAGGUGACAAAGCUGAAGUUUGAAGGAAAGACAUUCCAUAUAUAUGCAAAUCAGAAGGAGGAUAAAAAAAUCAUUUUGACAUACUUUGCACCUACGCCUGAAGCCUGCAAACAUCUCUGGAAGUGUGGAGUAGAAAACCAGGCCUUCUACAAGUUAGAGAAGUCGAGCCAGGUACGCACUGUGUCCAGCAGUAACCUGUUCUUUAAAGGGAGCCGGUUCCGAUUCAGCGGUAGAGUAGCAAAAGAAGUGAUGGAGCAAAGUGCAAAAAUCAAACGAGAACCUCCUGAAAUACACAGGGCUGGCCUGGUGCCCAGCAGGAGUUGCCCGUCCAUAACGCAUGGCCCGCGCUUGAGCAGUGUGCCGCGCACACGUCGGAGAGCAGUGCACAUCUCCAUCAUGGAAGGUCUGGAGUCCCUGCGUGACAGCGCCCACUCCACGCCAGUGCGCUCCGCCUCGCACGGAGACUCCUUCGUGCCCCGGUCCCGCAGCCUGGCGGCCGACGCCUGCGAGGGGGGCAGCGCCGUCAUCGCGGACGAGGCCUACAGCCCGUCGGACAGCGUGCUGCCCACCCCCGUGGCCGAGCACAGCCUGGAACUGGCCAUCUCGCGCCAGAUCAAUGGAGCCCCCUGCAGCAUCGAAGAGGAGAAGGAGUCGGAGGCCGGCACCCCCACAGCUGGGGAGGUGGCCGAAUUCGGGCCCGACGGCAAAGCCCUGAGCCCCGAGCACGCCGGCGAGGCGGGGGCCUCCCCGCUGGGCGAAGUGGAACAGGUGAAUAAGUUUGUUUUAAGUGUCCUCCGUUUACUCCUUGUGACCAUUGGACUCCUCUUUGUCUUGCUCCUCCUCCUCAUCGUUCUUACCGAGUCUGACCUUGACGUUGCAUUUUUACGUGAUAUUCGUCAGACCCCCGAGUUUGAGCAGUUCCAUUACGAAUACUUUUGUCCCCUCAGGCGAUGGUUUGCCUGCAAGUUCCGCUGGCUGGUGGGCCUGCUCAUUGACACGUGAAACAAACAGGGGAAAGGGCUGUUCACGCGGCUGCCCCCCUCCUCUCCCCCCUUGGGGAUUUGAGAAGAUGCUAACACAACUACCGUUGCUGUUUCCGCCACAGAAUGGAGUGCAGCACCAUGCGAACACGAACCCAGCUUCUCUCAUGAAACCACAACAGACACUACGCCAUGGAGGAGUCUAGGACGGUUUCU